AUGGGGGGGGAGGAGGCGACGGCGGAGGUGCGAGAGGCGAGGCGGCUGCUGCCGUACUUUGAGCCCUUCUUCACCCGCGAAAGCAGGGUGAUUCCCAACGGCGCAAUCCUCUACACGGUGCAGGCCUUCCGCUUCCCCACGCCGCGGGGGCCGCGCAGCAUCACCCGCGCGCUUGUGGAGGCCCCUGACAAGUACUUCUCGCCGCUGCAGGAGGACAAGGGCGGGGGGCACUUUCUCUGCCGCUACGAGGAGAGGCGGCUGCUGCGCUGCUGCACCUACCUGCAGUUGGACCAGCUGCGCUUCGCCUGGGUGGCUGUGAAGGAGCUGCUGGAGGAGCACAAGGCGGUGCAGCGCACCGAUGGCAGCCUCACCGGACUCGCGCGGCGCGACAUUAAAAAAAACAACGCGAAUGUUAACGACACGGCGAGUGGCGGCGCAAACGGGGCCGGCGGCCCGACGACGACGACGGCGGUGGCGGUGGGGACUUCUGCGGGAACUGCGACGGCAGCGGCUGCCGCUGCCGCCCUGCCGCCGACCCUGAUGCGGAAGCCGCACCCCAGCAGCAACAUCAUAGUUGGCCCCACCGCAGAGGCCCGCAAGACGCGGGAGGGGCUGCGGGAGAAGAAGUACAUGAGCGACUUGCUCAGGGAGGAGUGUGCCGAACGGUGGCCGCACACGCCCGUGCAGAAGUCGGUCAUCUUCACGGUGGAGGAGCAGCAGCUGGAGGCGCAGGGCGGUCGCAAGGGCCGCAAAGGGCCCCGCACGUACCUGGCAACAGUGGAGCUUCCGCUGCUCAACAAAAAGGGCGGUGCCGCGGUGUUUAAGGGAGCGCAGUGGUGCACAACCCGAAAGGAUGCGGAGAAUGCCGCGGCUGAAGCGGCGCUGCGCGCCCUCCGCGCGAUCCGCGCCUAA